UGUGUUACAUCUUCCAAGGUGGAAAAGGUUUUCACCUCAAAUGUGGAUGAGAAAACACCCCGAUGUCGACUUAAUUAUAGAUUUAACAAAUACACAUCGUUAUUAUAAUUAUCAAGAGUUAAUUUCCCGUGGUAAACAAUAUAAGAAGAUCAAGACAGCUGGACGUAUUGUGCCCGACCCUAAAAUUGUGCAAGAAUUUUUUGACACUGUAGAUGAUUAUAUUAGAAAUUGCGGUAACAGUGAAUCGUUUAUUGGCGUUCAUUGUACACAUGGUGUAAAUCGAACAGGAUUCUUUAUUUGUAGUUAUAUGAUUCGGAGGUUAGGGUUUCAUCCUCAACAAGCAAUUAGAUUGUUUGAAGAAGCUAGAGGGCAUAAAAUUGAACGAAAUAAUUAUAUUCAGGCGUUGCUUGAAAUGACACCAGAGUUUCAUAAGCCCCAGGAACAUAUACAAAAUUUUUUUUAGUUUUUAUCAAUUUUAACGAAUAAAAU